AUUGACUGCGGUGAUCCAACAGGCAUUCAACCAACAUGGCGAUUCUGCAUCAAGCUGUGGUGCUCCUCGGCGCGGCGCUCUGCGUCUCCGCCGCCACCAAGCCCCACGUCAUCAUGAUCAUGGCUGACGACAUGGGAUGGGACGACACCUCGACCCACGGCUCCAAGUCCGUGCUGACCCCCAACCUGGACGUGCUGACCCGCUCCGGAGUGUCUCUCCAUCGCUACUACACCCACGCCCUCUGCUCGCCCGCCCGUACCGCCGUGCUCACCGGAAAAUACGCCCACACCGUCGGUAUGCAGGGUAUGCCCCUGUCCAACGCUGAGGAGCGUGGUAUCCCCCUGGAGGAGCGCCUGAUCUCCCAAUACCUACAGGACGCUGGUUACAGGACCCAGAUGGUCGGCAAGUGGCACGUCGGUCACGCCUUCUUCGAGCAGCUGCCCACUUACAGAGGAUUCGAGAACCACUUCGGAGUCCGCGGUGGAUUCAUCGACUACUACGAAUACAACGCUCAGGAGCAGCUUGACGGCAGGCCAGUCACUGGACUGUGUCUGUUCGACGACCUGCAGCCCGACUGGACCACCGAGGGUUACAUCACCGAUGUCUACACCGAGAAGUCCACCACCAUCAUUGAGAACCACAACGUCUCCGAGCCCCUGUACCUGCUGCUGACCCACCACGCGCCCCACAACGGCAACGAAGACGCUUCCCUGCAGGCCCCUCCUGAAGAGGUCCGCGCCCAGAGGCACGUCGAGCUCCACCCCAGACGUAUCUUCGCCGCUAUGGUUAAGAAACUGGAUGACAGUAUCGGAGAAAUCGUCGCUACCCUCGAGAAGAAGGGCAUGCUCGAGAACACCAUCAUCACCUUCUCUACUGACAACGGUGCCCCCACCGUCGGUCUCGGUGCCAACUCCGGUUCCAACUACCCCCUGAGAGGAGUCAAGAAGUCCCCCUGGGAGGGAGGUAUCCGUGGUAACGCCAUGAUCUGGGCCGGUCCCGAGGUUGCCCCCGGAAACGCGUGGCGUGGAAAGGUUUACGACGGCAACAUGCACGCCGCUGACUGGGUCCCCACUCUGCUCGAGGCCAUCGGUGAGAAGAUCCCCGCCGGUCUGGACGGUAUCCCCAUGUGGAGCCACAUCAUCGAGAACAAGCCUUCUCCCCGUACUGAGAUCUUUGAGAUCGACGACUACUUCAACCACUCCUCCGUCACCCUCGGCCGCCACAAGCUCGUCAAGGGAACCAUCGACGAGUCUCUCAGCAAGCACUACGGCGAAGACCUCCGCGGCAUCAUCGGAACUCCCCCAGACUACAAGCAGAAGCUGCGCGACAGCAAGGCCUGGGAGUCUCUGGAGACCAUCGGCAUCCCUCUGGACGCUGACGUCAUGGCUGACCGCGAUGAGGCUAUCGUCACUUGCGGCAAUGUCGUCCCUAAGCCUUGCAGUCCUUCUGCCGAGUCUUGGUGCCUGUACGACAUCAUCGAGGACCCUUGUGAGCUGCGCGACCUGUCUGAGGAGCUUCCUCAGCUGGCUCAGAUCCUUCUGUACCGUCUGGAGCAGGAAGAGGCCAAGAUUAUCCCCAGGGAGGGCCAGUACGUCGCUGACCCCAAGUCUGCCCCCAAGUACUUCAACUACACCUGGGACGCGUACCUGUCCGUCGAACCUUACUCCGACUCCGAAUAGACGAAGCUCAGCUCAAGCGGCGCAGUUCGCCGUGAAAGUUGUAAAUGUUGAUCCUGACCUUAAUUUCAGUAAUAAAAUCUGACUACUGAUA